AUGAGAAACGAGAGAGGGAGAAGUCGAGAGAGAAGGACGGAAAACAGAGAGAGGGAUAUAAAGAAAAAGAAAAGUCAAAGAAGAGACAAAGAAAAUCUAAAAGAAAAAAAGAAAGAAAAUGACAGAAGAAAGGGACAAGAAGAAAGAGAUACGAAAAAAGAAAACGAAAGAAAAGAACAAGAAAAAAGAGACACGAGAAAGGAAAGGUCGAUGGAUGAACAAAUGUCCGUAAGCGAAGAAGAGGAAGAGACAGACAAGGAAGAAGGAAACAGAGUAGAAAGAAAAAGAGGAGGAAGACAUUUAAAAGAGAGAAACAACAUAUAUUAUUCAUCAAGAAGAAAUAUAAGAGAAAGAUGGAAAGCAACAAGACGAAGAGGAGCAGGACGGAGAGGAGCAGAAUGGAGAGGAAUAGGACGGAGAGAAAUAGAACGAAGAGCACAAUGGAGAGAAACUCAAUAGAGAGAAACUCAACGGAGAGGAGGAAGGUGGAGAGGCGGAUA